AUGUUAAGCUCUGCCUGUUCUAAAAGUGAAAGGCGACAUCAACUGAUAGACUGGUGUGGUAAGAGACACGGCUGAGAAAAGCUCAGUGUGACUCUGCAGUUUCCCAGCACAGCAGGAGUAGCAGCUGAUCUUUCUGCCUCAGCAAUGGCAGAAGCUGUCAUAAGACAUUGGGUGGAAACUCCUGUACGCUACCAGGAGCAGUUUGUGGACCAAGAGCUGGAAGCACACAAGCUGAACCACCUUUUAUAUGCUUUGCCGGGCCCUGCCACCGCUGCACCGAGCGACCGAAGGUGUGCACCAGAAAGCACGGCUGGGGCCGGGAAGAGCGGCCAGGAGGAGGAAAACACACACUUUCGGGUCUUGCUGGAUGUUGUGCAGUUCCGCCCCGAAGAUAUCAUUAUCCAGACUUUCGAAGGCUGGCUCCUGAUUAAAGCUCAGCACGGACCCAGGAUGGACGAGCAUGGUUUCAUAUCCAGAAGCUUCACCAGACAAUACAAAUUACCCGACGGAGUGGAGAACAAAGACUUGUCUGCACUUUUCUGCCAUGAUGGCAUUUUGGUUGUUGAAAUGAAGAACUCAGUGGAAAAGAAUUAGAACCAUGUCUAUAGUUAUGGGUGAGAUAAAAUAAUUCUUAAUGUAACAAAAUUAUAUCAAUCAUGCAAUGCUGUAGGGUGUAGUAAGCAAGUAGCUGUAUUUAUUAAAGGAAAUUAUUUGUAUAUAUUUUUUGUAAGCUGAGUUUACUGUUUGAUGUGAACUGUUAUACUGCUUGCCUCCAGCUACACAUAGGUUGAAAACACAGGCUGUUCAAACAAUAGCAAACUCAGGCUAGUCACAGCAGAAUUAAAAAAAAAAUCUAUUUGAUAGCAUAUUGAAAAUGGAGCAUGGUUUUGAGUUAAGUAGCAGGAAUUGUAUUUCUAAGCAGUAAGCAUUUGUUAUACAUAGUCAUAAACAUUAAAGUAGGAAUGGACAAGUUGUGAAUCUAAUGGAAAUUUAGGAACCAAAAAAUCUGUUUUCUAACUUUUGAGAUUAAGUUCUUCUCUCUGGAAAAGCACACAAACUGAAAGAUACCAUCAAGAGAAAAAUCCUGAUUUUCCCUAGAAGUUCAAGCUUCUAUACCAAAAAACUCUCAAGAGAUUACUUUUUAUAAGUGUGUUGCAUGUUUCAAACUAUAAGAAAAAAGAAUUUAUUUGCUUGACUUUUUUUGCUUGAAAACACAAUAAAUAGAAAUUAUACUUUCUGUCAAAUUAAUUUGAAAGAAAAACUUUAAAGACAUUUCAGAAAAUUGGUUUUGUUUAACAUAACAA